UUGGGUCUCGAGCGAAUCAGUGUGCGAGUCUCUCUGCCAUUUGCGCGUCGGUACGCGACUACGCGACAGUGGUGAUACCAGAAUUCUACGGUUGCUUACCGGUGCAUAUAAAACUCAGGCCUUAUUAAGUGCGUUUACUACCUAAAUACUUUAUCGACUUGACGAUUGAAUCGAUCAGCAUGGCGGAUACGGAAACCAAGGACGCCAAAGUUGCUACUACGCCAGAAAAAAAAGUUGUAGAAGAAGAAAAGAAGGUAGUGGCAGACGUUGAUGAAGAUUCAAAGGCAUCUGAGAAUGGAGAGACAAAGGAAACCAAAGAAAACGGAUCAAAUGAAGAAAAGGAGUCAGAUGACAAAGAAGCAGAAUCAACAGAAAAUGGUACUUCUACAGAUGCUCCUGUAGAUAGCUGUUGUAUAAAAAGAAAGUCAACAACUUUGAGUGAUACAACAGAUGAAACUGUAACUGAUGGUGCAAGUCCUGAGAAGAAAUCAAAACUUGAAGAAAAGUGUGCUGAAACAGAAAGCAAUGGAGAAGCAGAAGCUACAGCCUAAUACCUUUUAUUUUACUGUAAACUCAAUCUAUAGAUGCAAUUUUAACAGCUAACUGAAAAGUCAACAGUCAAAAUUUGUCAUCUGUGCAUUGUUAAGACAAACAAAUACUAAACAGAGGAACUUUAACACUGUAUUAAUGACUUUUUAUGUUGACACAUUUGUGUCUCUAUUGCAACCAUUUUUAUAACUAAUUGGCAAUGGCAUUACGUGUAUUCAAAGCAUCUUCAUACAUUUUUGUCUUAAAUUACUACCAUUCGUGUUUCUUAUAUUUUCCACAGACGUCCACAUACAUAUAUUCACUUAGUACUAGAUUCGCGAAGUAAGGGAGAUAUAAAUAAUAUUAGAAAUAAUAUAUUUCUGAUUCAUGAAGAUAAAUGAUGGUGUGGUGCUUGAGAAAGAUAUUUAUGGAAAAUAUUCCAUAUAAAGUUCUUAUUCUUUCUGAUGCACAGACAUAAGUAUACAUAGACACCUCAUAUCGAAUAUAAAAGAAUCAAUAUUUUUCUGCAAAUCAAAAUACAUUCCUAAAAUACAAUAAAGUUUACCCAGGAAUUGUUAACGUUUAAUGACGAAAAUUAGAAAACUAAUUGUAUUUCUAAAUUCUGACAUCAAACAUCUUUGUUUCACAAUAUAUACAUAUAUAGAUACAUUUAUACGAUUUAUGUUCGAUUCAGGUGUUAACAAAUAGACGAACUACUAUUUGUUUUGGUGCGUUAAUAUUAAUGCAAUAUAUAAUUUAACACGUUAAAUGCCAAUCCUUUAAGUCAUUUAAAAACUUUUCAUGCGAAAUAGGUCCGUUUAUCCGUAGGGAUUGACAUGGCGUUUAACGUUUUAAACGACUUAUAAUAAUGUUUAAAUAAAACUAUUCUUUAAUCAUCAAAAUCCAGAUUGUACCAUUUAGCAUUCUUUUACUACAAUAGUAUAUAAUACCAUUUGCAAAUAACGUUUAAUGAGAUACCUGACAAUAUGUAAUAACAUGUAUUUGUAUGUAUAGAUAUGCUGUUGAACAAAAACGUUUAAUGUUAAAUUUGAAGUAACAGCAAUAAAAUACGCUGCGUUGGUAACUUUAUUGAAAAGUUACAUAUCAAAACCUUCAAAUCUACGUAUACUUAAAAUAUGGCAAUUAUAUGUUUGUAUAAAAUAUAAAAGAUGACAAAUUAAAACCAA